GGUCACGUGACAAACACGGAAGCCCAGUAUCGGUAAACGAAGUUAAAACGAAAAGAGUACACAAUUAUGGAGGCUUGAGUGAACUCUCCGUGCCUACAACGAGAUCUAAACUAUGCUGCUGCAUGUGCGCCUCUCUGGCUGGGCCUGCUGGUGUUUGUUUUCCGGUGUUUUCUCGGUAUUUUCUCUGCAGCAGCGUCUCACUGUGAACCUGAACGGCAAAUGGAGGCUGUCAAACUCCAACGGUUCAUUGUUACUGCCUGCACAGGUCCCAGGCUGUGUCCACUCAGCUCUGCAGCAGCAGGGAUACAUCACGGACCCGUAUUUCAGGUUCAACGAUGUCUCUUAUCGAUGGAUUGCGCUCGACAACUGGACAUACACAACCACAUUUACAUUGUCUGCUGAGCUGAGCGUCAAGCAGAAGGUGCUUCUUGUGUUUGAUGGCGUGGACACCGUUGGGUCGGUUUCACUCAAUGGGAUUGCUGUUGGAAAGACCAACAACAUGUUUUGUCGGCAUGACUUUUCUGUGAAAGACUUGCUGAAAGACGGCGAAAAUGUUCUGCAAGUUGGUUUGCUGUCACCGAUUCUUUACGCGUCUGAGCAGAGGAAAGCUCACACGUCUUACGCAGUUCCUCCUGAAUGUCCUCCAGGUGUCCAAAAAGGGGAAUGCCAUGUCAAUUUUAUCAGAAAAGAGCAGAGCUCUUUCAGUUGGGACUGGGGACCUUCGUUCCCCACGAUGGGACUGUGGAAAGGCGUUCGACUCGAGGCUUUUGAUAUUCUGCAGCUCGUCCAGGUUUCCUCUGUCCCUCUCUACAAUGAUGCCUUCUCCCAGUGGAGGGUGCAGGUUGAGCUUCUUAUAGAUGCAGUUCAGACAGCACGUGGCCAGCUCACACUCUCCAUACCUGAACUGGAUUCAGAGCAAACCUUCCAGACACACUUUAACCCUGGAAAGACCAAGAGCAACUUCACCAUACUCAUCAACACGGCCAGUCAGGUGAAACUAUGGUGGCCAAAUGGACAUGGAGAACAACCGUAUUACCGUCUCACUAUCAGAGGAUUUCAGGAUGAGUUUUUAAUUUUCAGCACAGAGUCUAAGGUGUAUUUUCGCACCGUGGAGCUCAUCCAGGAGCCAGUUGUUGGAUCCCCGGGCUUGAGCUUUUAUUUCCGUAUCAACGGGAAACCAAUUUUCCUCAAAGGCUCCAACUGGAUCCCAGUCCACUCCUUCCAGGACCAGGUCACCCCUGAUGUCUUAAAGAACUUGUUACAAUCAGCAGUAGAUGCUAACAUGAAUGCCCUCAGGGUCUGGGGAGGAGGAGUGUAUGAACAGGAUCUCUUUUAUGAAAUUUGUGAUGAGUUGGGGAUCAUGGUUUGGCAGGACUUCAUGUUCGCUUGUGCAAUGUAUCCCACUGAGACCGACUUUAUACAGACAGUAAGAGAAGAGGUCGUCCAGCAGGUUCAGCGCCUGAAGUCCCACCCCUCUAUAAUAAUUUGGAGCGGUAACAAUGAAAACGAAGCUGCUCUGGCAACAGAUUGGUUCGACAUCCCAGCUUCUCAAAGGCCGAAAUACAUCAGAGACUAUGUGAUGCUUUAUGUAGAUAAUAUAAAGAAGCUUGUGCAAGAGGAGGACCAGAGUCGCCCGUUUCUUGUCUCCAGUCCAACGAACGGGGCUGAAUCGGAGCAGGAAGGAUGGGUGGCGGAGAAUCCCUACGAUCUUCACUACGGAGACGUUCACUUCUACAGCUACAUCCUCGACUGCUGGGACUGGAGGACCUUCCCACGGACGCGUUUUGCCUCUGAAUAUGGUUUCCAGUCCUGGCCGUCCUUUUCCACUUUGCAGCCGGUUUCCAUUAAAGAAGACUGGAGCUACGGCAGUAAUUUCACUUCUCAUCGUCAACACCAUGAAGACGGAAACCAGCAGAUGAUCCUGCAGGCUGCUCUACACUUCCACCUGCCAAACGCCACUGAUCCCCUGAAAAGAUUUACAGAUACUCUCUACAUCACUCAGGUCAUGCAGGCCCAGUGUGUGAAGACUCAGACGGAGUUUUAUCGGAGAAGUCGGAGUGAAAUUAUAGAGGGCAAAGGUCACACCAUGGGUGCGCUGUACUGGCAGCUCAAUGACAUUUGGCAGGCGCCUUCCUGGUCGUCGAUUGAGUUUGGUGGGAAGUGGAAAAUGCUGCAUUAUUUUGCACAGAGCUUCUUUGCAGCCGUCUUUCCUGUUGCUUUCGAGGAAGACGACACACUGGUCAUUUACGCCAUUUCAGACCUGAGCCGUGACCUGAAGCUGAGGGCUGUGGUGAAUGUGUUCUCCUGGACUGAGCUGGAUCCAGUCUGCACGCUAAACUCAAGCAUGCUGCUCGUGCCUGGAGUUAGCGCUGUGGCGGUCUUCAAACAGCCCGUCGCCAGCCUGUUAGCAGGAUGCGGAAACUGUACCCGUCUUACCUGCCUGCUCACCUUCCAACUGGAGGACGACAGCAGCCAGCAGGGUCCCACUAACCACCACUUCCUCUGCUCGCCCAAAGAUGCUCAAGGACUCCGCAGACCCAACAUUACAGUUGAAACCUUCCAUUCCACAUACAUGUGAGUUUGUAGUUUGAAUGGUAAAUGGCCUGUAUUUAUAUAGCGCUUUACUA